UACCCGUCGUUUAAAAUCUGAACGGCACCACUAUACAAAGUCUUCUGUUUUUUUUUUGUUGAAUGAAGUGGAUUCCAGUUUUAAAGAUUUAUUGGGGUCAGUCAUUCUUGUCGAGGUUGUAAUCAAACUUCGAUCGACUGUCAAACAUAGGAAACAACAAAACGAGUCGUAAAUAGAUAACACAUCCUUCUAAAGAGAAAAAUAUUCAAAUUUCCUUAAAGACCAGAUUUGACACCAUGGAUAACAACCUCGCACGAAUCAAUUGUAGCCUUAGAUCGAUUUUUACUGUCUUGUGAAAGAAGAACAAACCCACACUUUAUUCACAUGUUGCAAAAUUUGUUACAGUUAUCCAAAAGUGAAAUAACAAUAUCAACCUGAAGAUCAAGCUCUAAUUGAAGGUGAAGAAAAUAAAAUAACAAGCCUAAUUUUGCUUGCCAGAUGCUAAUGAAUAUGGAUAUUUGUAAUCGCUUUGUGAUAUUUUCAUAUUCAUUAUUGAGAACAUCGAUCUUCAACGAAGAGACGUUCCGUCUGCGGAAACUGCUUUUGCACUUCUCCGCUACAGCUCCACUGCACAAUACCCCCGUGUUCCACUCGGAUGGGAUAAGGUGGAGACGAUUGGGGAUUAAGAUUCGUCUCCGGUGUGUAAGAAAAUUAAGUGGUGUGACCAGUUUAUCGUGAACCGAUUUCCAUCAGUUAACGUUUGAGAGAAUUCAAAAAUGUGUUAUAGGGUUCUUGUGCGGAGAUUUGUUUACCGCGCCGCAAAAAAGUUUCCCAUUCUGUUCCACUCAAUAGCACGUAUAAAACCGGAUUGUGCAUCCAUUCAUCUUUGCGAUAGUAAGUUUGCUAGUUGACAUUCAAAUAUAAAUGAUAUAAUCAUGACAAAAAACUGAAAAUACUGCUAGUGAGAUAGAUCCUCUCAUCAUUAUUAUUACGAUCUGAUGAGAAUUUAAAAGCAGCUGGUUCCGAAUGAUUCUCCAUUCAGUCUAGAAGUAACCAUCUUCGCUGUUUCAAGUUUGGUGCGUAGAACACCAAACAACAAACGACAGAAUUCUGGACAAGCACCUUCCAGGAAGAAAACAUGAAAAAAAUUAACGUGGUUUCAUUACUGCACAUAGCGAUUGCAGCGUGCAGUGCAUUGAAGGUGAUCACCAACCCCGAAAGUGUGAUAGUAUCCGAAGGUCAGAGAAAUGUGAAUCUGAACUGCAAGACAAGCGGUGGAGAACCGAUCGACUUUUGCAUUGUCAAAGUUCCUGGAGUUCGAGCACCGUUUGCCAGUAGUGAUCGUCUUCCUGCUCCAGUGCAGGGAAUCACAUUCUAUGGGGAAGGAUGGAGUAAGGGGUCUUGCGGAGUAACAUUGGCAAGUAUUAGUCCGGAACACGAUGGAACAUUCGAGUGUACGCUUUCUGUUAGCGGACAAUCAUACAAAAGAACGAUAGAUAUCGUGAUACAAGGUGAAGCAGUUGCACCAGAACCACCUGUUAUCGAAGUGUCCCACAAUGUUAACUCUCGAAAUGGAGAAUUCGACUACGGAAAGCCAUUAAUAGUUAGAUGCAUUUCCCGAAAUGGCUGGCCUGGAGCUAAAUUGGAUUGGUAUUUGGAUGACACUCCUAUUACGAGUGAUUUAGGAGCAGCAUUUUCAGAAACAAAAGAUCGUAGAACCACCGUGCAGCAGUUUUUUCGCAAACCCGUCGCAGUGAAUGAUAAUCGAAAACGUUUGAAAUGUCGGGCGGAACAUGGUUCGUAUCCGAAGGGAUUUUUGGAUACUGAACUACCGAUAAAGCUGCGAAGGUCCAACGGUGAUAACAACAAUGAGAUCUUGGACGGUGAUCAGAGAAAUGGCCCGAUAAAACCACUUCCAGUGCAGAUGUCGAUCUCCAGCGACAUCCAAACUUCCAAUGGCGCUUUCAAAAUUGGAUCCGAAAUGGUGGUGAAGUGCGUAUCAAGCGAUGGCAAGCCAGCAGCCACUUUCCUGUGGUUUUUAGAUGAUCAACUCAUUUACGAGGGUCUCUCGACGCCAUACUCGUCUAAAAGUAGCUCAGGAAAUGUUAAUGCUCAGCAGAUCCUACAGCGAGUAGUGCUAGAAAGCGACCACGGCAAAAGUUUAAUUUGCAAAGCCCGACAUCCGAGCGGAUUGACCGAGACACGACUAAAAAUCCUGACAUUCAGAUGAACUUCUUCAAGAUAUCCAAGCAAAAUUAUUUUAUGAUCAAUAAAACGGCAUCAUGAAAGUGCCUAAAACAACAG